UUGUCUCCAACGGCAAACAUAUGUCAAAAUGAAUUUAUUUUUAAUAUUUGACGCUCAUUGACUCCUGGACCUUGUAGGUAGACAUUUUUGUGUAAAAAUCAUAGAAAGAACAUCAAUAAAACGACAGGGAUUUGAACACUGCGACUUCAACAAACUAGUUUAAAGAGUACGACAGGUGAGUUUUCGUUUAUCACGUUUAUUAUUUACGUCUACAUUUUUUGUUGAAGUAUUGUUGAAGUUUUCAAUAUUUUUUUGAUCUACAUGAGAAAUAAUUAGACAGUAUAAACGCACUUGUUAACAAAACGCUAGUAAAUACGGCCAUUGCCAGCUAACUGACAAAACCGACGCAUGCGCAAUGUGGGGGUGAGGUGAUGGUUUGCUUAUUAGAUAUAAAAUAAUUAAUAAUUGGGAAUUUAAUUGUUUUUUAUGAUCGAAAAAUCACUAACAGUUGUCGAACAAACGAUAAUUGAUUAAAGUUAAUUAAUCUGAGCGAUAAAAAUAAAGAUAUCUAGUAAAGGAGGCCAACUGAAGGAUGAUUUCACUUGUUUCCUCCUCCUCCUCGAGUCGUGUUCCUCAUGUCUGAGGGUCGUGACCACCAUCACCCAUGAGCUUCAAUCUUAGGAUCUUUUUCCACUUUCCCCUGUCCACGGCGUCAUGCAGCGCGCUGUACACUGUACUGUGUGAUUUGUUUUAUUUUGUCUAUUUAGUGUUUUUUCAGGUUUAAAUGUGUAAUAACGGUGGUUUAUUAACUGUUUAAUAUCUGUGAAAGUUCACAAAUGUGGGAAAAUGAAACAAAGCCGCUGGACAUAACUUCUUGAGAUCCUCCAAAAAGUCCACUGAAAAAAUCUCAGUAAAUGACCACCAUUUUACUGAGAUUAUAUUUCAUCCCAUGUCAUCUCGUCAUUUAAUUUCAUCCCAGUUGAUUCAUGUUUCAAAUUAAUCAUAUUUGUUGCAUUUCACUCCAUUUUAUAAUUUUUCAUAAAAAUAAGAAUAAAAACUAAAAUAAGACAGGACUUAAAGACCUUAGUUACCAGGUCAUAAAAUCCCUUGAAAAAUAAUCUCUAAUCUAUUCUCUCUGUACUCUGUGUACAUAGCCCUCUCAAUCUAAAGAUAAUCGCUGCUUAAAUUCUUCAACUAGUACUUAUUUGAACAGCAAACCAAUUAAUAAAUUAUACUAAAACUUGCUCAUAGAAUGGACAGUGAAUAUAAACUGUCUCACAAAACUAAGAAACGAAUUAAAGAAGCGAAAAGAAAAGCCAGACCCGAAUUAGUCGAUAAACAUCAGUGGACCAUACUAAAAUACCACAACAACUUUACUGAGUUCCUCCAGUGCAAGGACAAUGUUGACCGAAUUAGUGCUAUUCAAGUCACACCUGAAGAAUUCAUUGAGAAAUAUGAGAAAAUAUAUAAACCUGUAGUCAUAACUGAUGUGCAAACUAACUGGAAAGCAAAUUACAAGUGGACUUUAGACCGACUUGUUAAAAAAUAUCGGAAUCAAAAAUUCAAGUGUGGUGAAGACAAUGAUGGCUAUAGUGUUAAGAUGAAAAUGAAGUAUUAUGUAGAAUAUAUGAGAACCACCAUUGAUGAUAGUCCACUGUAUAUUUUUGAUAGCAGUUUUGGGGAGCACCCAAGAAGAAAAAAACUCCUAGAGGACUAUGACGUUCCUUUAUAUUUUAGGGAUGAUUUGUUUAAAUAUUGUGGUGAAGAGAGGAGACCACCUUAUCGCUGGUUUGUCAUGGGUCCCCAAAGAUCUGGUACUGGGAUUCAUAUUGAUCCUUUAGGGACUAGUGCUUGGAAUGCUUUAGUUUUUGGACAUAAAAGAUGGUGCCUGUUCCCAACUCAGACUCCAAGGGAAAUGAUUAAAGUGACAGGGGCUAUGGGGGGAAAACAAAGGGACGAAGCUAUAACAUGGUUUAAAUUAAUUUAUCCAAAGACUCAGUUGGACACUUGGCCGAAAGAGUAUCAACCGGUGGAGAUACUUCAAAGACCUGGGGAUACGGUGUUUGUGCCUGGAGGCUGGUGGCAUGUGGUCUUGAACUUAGAUGACACAGUAGCCAUCACCCAAAACUUCUGCAGUCGCACCAACUUCCCGGUAGUGUGGCAUAAGUCCGUCCGAGGUCGACCAAAGCUCUCCAAAAAAUGGCUCAAGGUCUUGGAAGCCAAAGAACCUGAUUUAUAUAAGAUAGCAAGCAGUGUUGACGUCAACCAGAGUACUGGAGUGGCUUCAGACAGUUCAUCUAACAGCAGUUCUUCAAGCAGUGAUAGUGACACUAGCUCUUCAGAUAGUUCAGAAGAAGAUAGCGGCCAGGAAAGCAUCACUGCCCACAAGAAAAAGCGGAGAAAGAAGCUUUGAGUAUACGAAAACAAUUACUAACUUCAUCAGAACCAGACCUAAUCAUUUAAUUAGUUAAUCACAGAAGUGUUGAUCUUUGCAAAAUUAUAUGUAUACUAAUUA